GUGAACCGGUGGCGGAGAAACCUUGUCAGUUUCUGUAAAUCCCACAUGCUGUAGGCUACAGAAUGACUGCGGCUGCUCUCCCACUCCAGACUUCUCUCUGAGAGGCAGCCCUCUCUUUAUUUUGUCUUCUCCUUCCCCUCUUUUUCUCUGCCAGACGUCAGGAGGAGACACAGGGUUCUUAUUUGGCCUCUUUUGUGUGGGAAACUGAGGGAAACGACUCCUCGCGCUGUUUUUUCAACCUCUUCCUCCUGUCUGCUUUUGAACUCUCUCUCUCUGGAUGUGACGGACCAUGCCGGUGGUAGGAGUAGCCUCCAAGCUCAGACAACCCUCAGUGGGCUCCAAGCCGGUCCACAGCGCUCUCCCCAUCCCCAACCCGGGCAGAACCGCUGCCACACGGGGGCACAUGGCCAGGACCCCAGAGCUGAGGGGGUCAGAAUCCCCCCUGCUCUCCUCCUGUCAGCUGUCACUCAAGUCAGAGUACCAGGAGAGGAGGACGCAGCAGAAACAACAGGGACGGAGCAAGGAGACAGAGGAGAGUAAGAUCUGCAAGAUUUAUACAGACUGGGCCAACCACUACCUGACCAAGUCUGGCUGCCCUCGACUCAUCAAGGACCUGACCAUAGACAUUGCUGACGGAGUUCUGCUGGCAGAAAUCAUCCAGAUCAUAGCUAAUGAGAAAGUGGAGGACAUCAAUGUCAGCCCCAGGAGUCAAUCACACAUGACCGAGAAUUUGGACGCCUGCCUCAGUUUCCUGGACGCAAGAGGAGUGAAUGUACAAGGGCUCUCCUCAGAAGUUUGGGGAAGUGACGAUGCCCUUGACCUGUCGGAACAGCCCAAAUAG